AUGACUGAUACGAAGCAGCUCAUGCUCGGCCUGGACAAAUUGUGCCACUUCUUCCCCGGUUCAUUGAGGCCUAAGUGUGAGAACUUGGUCCAACAACGCGGGUCCGAUCUGGUCCAGCUGCUGCAGCAUAUUCCUAAAGACCUUCUGUGCACCCUCGUCUGCCGCUCGAACAACGCUGAAACUAGAUCUAGAGUGCCCGAGGAGGCAGAGCAAGAGCAAGGACCAGUGCCCGAAGAGGCACGGAGAGGACUACAAGCGUGUUUCUUGUGCAAGGUCGCUGUGAAAACUCUGGAUGUGGUUCUGGAUAAACUGUUGGAAGACGAUGUCCCAGAGGAAAAAAUUGCUGAUGCUCUGUCCAAUGGUUGCCGCAAAAUUCCAAAAUUCUUGAGACCUACAUGUAGGAAGAUUGCCAGACCAGAAAAUGUGGGCCUGCUGCUGAGUCUUCCUUCAAAAGCUGUGUGCCGCAAAAUCCGCCUCUGUCGUUUCUAGAGGAACAUUCUGGGAGCCCCCUGCUGUGUGAGUGAGCUGGGACCAGGUGUCUACUGUUGUGGCAGGGAUUGUCUCCACGGGCUUCGGUUGUGGCAGGGAGGUUGUCUCGGCUGUCUCCACUCGGGUCAUCAAGUACACUCACUAGAUGGAGCAGGUCAUCGGGGACGAUUGAAAAGAGAACUACCUACCGGCUUAAUGAGAGAAACUAAAUCUGUAGUUUAGUUAUGGACGGGGGGUGGGGGUGAAUGCUGAGCUUUUUAAAGGACUAAAAAAGACAUUGUAACGCAACCUACCAUGGCUUUUGUUUUCGUCCAAUGGUGCCCCGCUUCUUGCUACGUGUCUCUAGUCUCUUUGUUUAUCGCUAUUGGAUUUUACAUUUUCAAUGUACCCUUAUUUCUCUUUACCUAUUUCGUUCAGCAUUUCGGUUGACAUGUCUGUUUGUGUGACUAAGGAACUUGUACAAGACCCGGUACAAAAAGAAAUUGUUUGCUAAUUGUUUUAUCUUGUUACAGAACACUGAAUAAAUCGGAUGAAUUUGAAAA